AUGGAUUCGAUACUUAAAAAUCUCGAUGGCUAAAAUACAGCCCCAAGCAACAAUAACACCAGUGCACUCCGAAAACUGAAUCUCUAGAAAACUGGUGGACGCAUACUAAUGGAUGAUGAACGGUAUAACAAAGAAUUCUUCGAAUCAAAUAUGAACCGGUCGCACUCAGUGUCACAUUUAUCGAAAUUUCAUCAGAAAAAUGUAAGUCUACCUUCUGCUGCUAAGUAUGAUAACUCAACUUAUGUCUCCAAUAACCUAAACAACUAUGGAAUGGAAGGUGUAAUGCAUAUGUCUAGCUCAGUCGCCAAUCUGCUUUAAAAAGACAAAAACUCAUUUGCAAAUGUGCUGGGAGCUUUGCCCAAAGGGGGAAGUUUUCAUCUUAAUCCGAAUUUCAACAUUAAUACUAUCGACAACACAGAGGCAAACAUCCUGUAUAUGCUCUCACCUCUAGAAUAAAAGGUGGUGCAAGUUGAUAAUAUAUUCAGACAGCAAAAGGGCUAGAUUAGAGAUUACUCUAAGAACAAUUCCUCUCACAGAAACUAUUUAGAAUCUCUGGCUAAGGAGAAAACAUUGAGUUUUAGCAAGGACGAUCUCGUGAGGAUUUAAGAUAAAGCUAGAAAUUUGCAUUGGCUAAGCAGUCAUGAAGAAAACCCAGAUCUGCUUAGACCUAAAGAAUACUAUAUCAAAGAAUUGCCAAAACAUAGGCCUUCAUUCAACACAAGUUCAAAGGAUACCAAUAGACCACAGCAAUUUAGUAGAUCAACUAAUUAGCAUGGAUACAAUACAAAUAAAGUAAAUAGAGAUAGCUAGUAUGAUGCAACGAAGUCCUAUAUGGAUGAUUAAUCUUAGCUUAAGGAAUUCAAGUAUAAUCAUACUAUCAUAGAGAGAAAUAUACUGCUAAACAACUCUAGUUCUUCUUAAAGAGGAAGAGGAGAUUCAACUAUAGAGUCAAAUAAGGAGAUGGCUGAAAAAGCAGUUAAAGAUUAUCUAGUUAAGAUCAAGUGCAUUGACCCAGAACAAAUGAAAGUAUUGAAGAAAAAGUAUAAACAGAAAUUCAUGGCUUAAGAUCGUUUAGCUAAUAAUACAACAUAGGGGAGUAAGUCUAUUGAAGCAGCGAGAAUGCAUAAAUCAGCCUCACUCCCUCAUAUUAAAGUGACCACUAGAGAGGUGCAAAUACUUAAAAAGGUAAAGGCCAACAUAGAUAGAAUAAACAAGGAUUCAAAAAGUCUAGUUAAGGGUAAACAUUCUCAUGAUAUGUAGUAGUCAUCCAGGAACAACAGUAAAAGUAUACUCCGCAGUAAACAGCAUUAAAACUUUAACAAUGAAAGUAUCUUAUAGAAUACCAUCAAUUAAACUUAGUUCAUUCUCUAGGAUGCCAUUGACAAGUCAUAAUAACAGAAAGAGAAGGACCUUGCCAGUAAAAAUUUCAUGAUGAAUGUUAUACAUAAAAACCAACUAAUCGACUAGAAGAACUACGAGCUCUCAAAUGACUAAUUCAAGGGGAAAAGCAUUUAACAAGAAAUGAGCCAGAUCUAUCAAACUUACUCGAAAGAAGCUCUUGGAGAGGUGUCAAAGAUCAAGAAUGACAUGCUUAUUUAGGCGUUUAAGAAGAAAAUUGAAAAGGAUAUUGAGAAGAGCAGCAAGUAGUCAGGCUAGAGUAGGAGGAAAAAUAAUGUCACUAUCGCUACUAAAGAUCCGUAUAGCUUUGAGGACACACCAGCUAAUAUCAAUUUGAUUUAGAGAGCCUAGAAACUUUAGGAGAGAAGAGAUAUGAUGGAUUCUUAAGAGUCUGCAGAGUUUAAAAACAACAAUUCGGUGCUGAAUGUUUCUCAAAAAAGACAUAUUUAUAUCCUCAAUGAUGAAACCCAAAUUGACCCCUAGAAUGAGCAGGUAGGCAAGUUUAAAAGCCUAGGAAACAAUCUAAAUCUUAACUUUGAAACAAAUAGCAUCUCCCACAUACUAGAUUUAGAUUAGUCUUUGCCUUAAAGUAAUCAUAGUAUGCUGCAUGGCAAUCAAUACAGAAACGUUAAGACAUAGUAAUAAAAGAUCGAGGAAUUCCUAACUGACACUAGAAAUAAGAUAAAUAAACUCUAGUAAGAGAAUCAUGAGAUGCAGUUGAUGAGUAAGGCUUAGAUAAAUGGAGAGUAAAACUACUAGCAAUAGUUUUAAACUUUGAAUCAGCAGGUGUUCUCGCUUGUCAAAAGUAACGAAACACAGGAGCUUCAUAGAUUCCUUAGGAAAUAUGGAAGUGAGUAUGCAUCAAUCAUCGACAAGGUAAGAUAAAUUUAGUGUUACAUUGAAUAGCUUGGAGAGACCCCCUUGCACUGGGCUGUGAAGAGAGGGUAAACUGAAUGUGUGGAGAUUUUGCUGAAUCAUGGAGCAGACCCGAUGGCUUAAGACACUGUACGCUUACUUACAUUUAAUCUGUUUGAAUUAUAGUUUGGGAGAUCAGUUUUGGAAUUUUCAGAGAAGAACAAGAUAUUGGAGGUUGACAGAAUACUGAAGAAGUUUGUUGAUGGCAAGUACGAGAUUAAUCACUAGAAGUAUGAUGCCAGAGAACUUAUACUUGGAGGUGCAUCGCCAAAUAAGAAGAAGAAUGUAAUUGCAAGUGAUUUGUGA